UAUAAAAAUAAUAAGCUCUUGUAUUUAGUCCCCAAGAUGUUUGACGUAUUUCAAAAUGUCCUGUUUGGGAAAAAGAAAUCAAAUGCUGAUACAGAAAAAGAAAAAUCAAAUUCGGAUGAUUUUGUGAUGAUAGGCCCAACAUCAAAUGAGCAAGGCCCAGCCAGAGAACCAGAGCUAAAUCCUCUUGAACGAAAUCCUCCAAAAAAUCCAUUUGGUGAAAGUUUUCUUCCUGACUACAUACCUGAAGCCUCACCAAAGAAAGAGGAAGUGUAUCAUCCUAUCAUGCCUCUACAAGACGUGCCAUUCUCUAUUAAUCCAAGUUUAUAUGCAUCAUCUAAAUUAGACCAGAUAUGGAAGACAGUCGCUCAAAGUAUAUCUGCCAUUGAAAGCUCAAAACCUUUUGAAGAAUUUUACGAUUUCUCUCUAGAAAAAUCAGUUAUUUCGGAAACUGCUAAUAAGUAAAACUUCCCAUAUGCUAUGUGCACCAAAAUAUAUAAGAACUUUUUUAAAGAUGGAUUCUUAAUGUACAUUUUUAUUAAUAUUUUAAGAAUUUAACAAGUGUGCUAUUUUUUUUUCUUUAAGUUCAUUAAAAAGGUAUUUGAUAUAGUAUACAUGUGAAAAGAAUAACAUGAAAAUAUUUAACACAUAUUACAGUGUUUUGUGAUGACUGCAGAUAAAGCAUUUUGCAGUUUUUGUUUAUUUAUAACAUGCUUUUCUUUCAUUAUUUCAUAUAUAAGAUGAACUUAUCAACUUAAACUAUAUGAUUAAGAAUGUGUAUAUUUGAAUUGAUUUGCAAUGCAUUAUUUCAGAUUUGUUAAUACCAGUGACUGUUAUUGAAUCAAAUUUAUCUUUAUAUGUGUCUUCUUCAGCAUUAAACUUUGUGUUUUGUUACA